AUGGAGCAACUAAAACAAAUGAUGUAUAUGAUGAUGAAACGAAACGAGGUUUUGGCAGAAGAUCUUGGUUGUGACGAGAAAACGUUAUAUCAACAAGAGGAGUUCUCGAAUACUUCACCCUUGAUAAGUGUUUGUCUGUGUACACGUGAAGAAGAACAUAAAGAUUCACGAAAGGUAAAUUAUGAAGAAACGCCCAGAGAUGUUUUAACGCAGGAUGUAAACGUGAGGCGAGUGGAUACAAUUCAAACAUUAUCAAAUAGAAAUAUUAACCACUCUGAUUUACAAGCCAGCGUACAUACUACAGAAGUAAAUCUGAGUAGUUCAAUGCUAGCUACUAGUGCACGUAACUCCUCAGAAAUGGCUGUUUGUCGUUUAACGAUUCUUGAUCCAGUCUACUUAGGCGAAAAUAGACAUCGAGAGGUAGUAAUGGAAAAGUGUUGGUCAGAUGACCAGAUUAUAGUAUCAGGUUCUGAAGCCUCACGUUUAACACUUUGGCGUGUUAAUGAAGAUAAGAUAAAGUUUCCGGACGGUGGUCCUAUUUUUGAUACAAUUAAUCCACGAUCUGUGAAGGGUUGUCAUACAGAAAAAAAAUUACGGUCAUUGGGUUCCAAUAACGAAUUUAAGGAAAUAGCUGCUUUAUCGAUUACAUGCACAUUUUUAAUGCUGAAACUUUCAAACAGGAAUGUUCUCGUAAGUUACCAAACUGGCAGUAUAACGUUAGCAUAA